CGACUCGUCGCCAUUCCCGGAGCACCUCGGCCUCGGCCUAGAGGCGAGUGUCGGUCGCUGUGUCGGAGACACCUGUCCCCGACACCAAGACAGCCAGCCCUCUCCGCUGCCCCGCGGCGGGAGAGCGUGUCCGGCCGGCCGGCGGGGCUCGCGCACCCUCCCUCGCCUCCCCUUCCCCCGCAGCCUCCGCCCCGCCAGGCCCGGCCCGGACCUCCGAGCCCCGGCCUCCUCCUCCUUUUUCUCUGUCACCACCGCCGCCGCCGGGCUCCACAGCCCCACCCGCCGCUUCUCUUUACAGUUUGAGAAGCUGAAGAAGGAAACAGGGAAAAAUGUCGCCAUGAAGGCCGAGAACCGCUGCCGCCGCCGACCCCCGCCGGCCCCGAACGCCAUGAGCCUGGGUCCCCGCCGCGCCCGCUCCGCUCCGACCGCCGCCGCCGCCGAGGCCCCCGUUGAUGCCGCAGAGCUCCCCCAGCGCCGCCGCCACCGCUUCCGACAUGGACAAGAACAGCGGCUCCAGCAGCUCCUCCGCCUCUUCGGGCAGCAGCAAAGGGCAACAGCCGCCCCGCUCCGCGUCGGCGGGGCCGGCCGGCGAGUCUAAACCCAAGAGCGAUGGAAAGAACUCAAGUGGAUCCAAGCGUUUUAAUCGCAAACGUGAACCUUCCUAUCCCAAAAAUGAAAAUUUUAGCAACCAGGCCCGUCGCUCCAAUUCACAGAAAAGCAAAACUUUUAACAAGAUGCCUCCACAGAGGGGUGGUGGCAGCAGCAAAGUCUUUAGCUCUUCUUUUAAUGGUGGAAGACGAGAUGAGGUAGCAGAGGCUCAAAGGGCAGAGUUUAGCCCUGCCCAGUUCUCUGGUCCGAAGAAGAUCAAUCUGAACCACUUGUUGAAUUUCACUUUUGAACCCCGUGGCCAGGCGGGUCACUUUGAAAGCAGUGGACAUGGCAGCUGGGGAAAAAGGAACAAGUGGGGGCAUAAGCCUUUUAACAAGGAACUCUUUUUACAGGCCAACUGCCAAUUUGUAGUGUCUGAAGACCAGGACUACACAGUUCAUUUUGCUGAUCCUGAUAUCUUAGUCAACUGGGACUUUGUGGAACAAGUGCGCAUUUGUAGCCAUGAAGUGCCAUCUUGCCCAAUAUGCCUAUAUCCACCUACUGCAGCCAAGAUAACCCGUUGUGGACACAUCUUCUGCUGGGCAUGCAUUCUGCACUACCUUUCACUGAGUGAGAAGACCUGGAGUAAAUGUCCCAUCUGUUACAGUUCUGUGCAUAAGAAGGAUCUCAAGAGUGUUGUUGCCACAGAGUCACGGCAGUAUGUUGUUGGUGAUACCAUUACGAUGCAGCUGAUGAAGAGGGAGAAAGGGGUCUUGUUGGCUUUGCCCAAAUCCAAAUGGAUGAAUGUAGACCAUCCUAUUCAUCUAGGAGAUGAGCAGCACAGCCAGUACUCCAAGUUGCUGCUGGCCUCUAAGGAGCAGGUGCUGCGCCGGGUAGUUCGGGAAGAGAAAGUAGCUCUGGAGCAGCAACUGGCAGAGGAGAAGCACACUCCCGAGUCCUGCUUUAUUGAGGCAGCUAUUCAGGAGCUCAAGACUCGGGAAGAGGCUCUGUCAGGAUUGACUGAAAGCGGAAGGGAGGUCCCUGGUGUUGUGCCGGCCCUGGAACAACUGGUGCUGAUGGCUCCCUUGGCGAAGGAGUCCGCUUUUCAACCCAGGAAGGGUGUGCUAGAGUAUCUGUCUGCUUUUGAUGAAGAGACCACCGAAGUUUGUUCUCUGGGCUCCCCUCGUCCUCUUGCUCUCCCUCUGGUGGAGGAAGAGGAAGCAGUGUCUGACCCAGAGCCCGAGGCCUGUGAUGACUCAGAGUUAGCAGAUGACAGUCUCGGAGAGGGGACCAUUUGUCCUGAGUCCAGCCAGCAGGAACCCAUCACCAAGCCAGGCUUCACACACCUGAGCAGCUCUCCUUGUUACUACUUUUACCAAGCGGAGGACGGGCAGCACAUGUUCCUGCACCCUGUGAAUGUGCGCUGCCUUGUGAGGGAGUACGGCAGCCUGGAGCAGAGCCCGGAGAAGAUCUCGGCGGUAGUGGUGGAGAUUGCCGGCUACUCCAUGUCCGAGGACGUUCGACAGCGCCAUAGAUACCUCUCUCACCUGCCGCUCACCUGUGAGUUCAGCAUCUGUGAGCUGGCUCUGCAGCCUCCUGUGGUCUCUAAGGAAACCCUAGAGAUAUUCUCAGAUGACAUUGAGAAGAGGAAGCGUCAGCGCCAGAAGAAGGCUCGGGAGGAGCGCCGCCGGGAGUGCAGGAUUGAGAUGGAGGAGAACAAGAAACAGGGCAAGUACCCAGAAGUCCACAUUCCCCUAGAGAAUCUACAGCAGUUUCCUGCCUUCAAUUCCUAUACCUGCACUUCCGGUUCUGCUUUGGGUCCCACCAGCACCGAGGGCCAUGGUGCCCUCUCCCUUUCUCCUCUUAGCAGAAGUCCAGGUUCCCAAGCAGACUUUCUGCUGACCCCUCUGUCACCCACUGCCAGUCAGGGCAGUCCUUCAUUCUGCGUUGGGAGUCUGGAAGAAGACUCUCCCUUCCCUUCCUUUGCCCAGAUGCUGAGGGUUGGAAAAGCAAAAGCAGAUGUGUGGCCCAAAACUGCUCCCAAAAAAGAUGAAAACAGGGGGGGAUUAAACAAAAAAAGAAAGAAAAGUAGAUACUUCCUUACUUGGAAGCCUUUCUGGUUUCAGCCUAAUGAUGCUUCCACCUUAAGUGUUUGCGCUUUGUCAUUGCUUGUCUCCCUGACAUGUGCCAGUUAGAGGACUGUCUGGUAUCCAAGACGAAUAGUUUAUGUCAGGUCCUCAAGUUGCCUCUGACUUGUUACCACAACAAAUCAUUUUAAUUUCAGUGCCUGUUGGGGACUUGAUUUCCUCUCAUUUCCCCCCCUUAAUCUGGCUCAUUUGAAAUCCCUUCUCUCUCUCCCAGUCAUCCUGCUAAGUUAUUGCCAAGAAGGGAAGGAGACAUGGGGAUUUGGGGUUCCCUUUGCUUGAAUGUCUUAUUCUCUACCACCUCACCUUGUUGGUACUUCCCUCCCUGGAUCUCUGAGCCAGCAGCCAGGAGGACCUGACCCAGCAGUUCUUUUACUGGCCCCUCUGUAGGGUCUUGCUGCCGGGGGACAGGGAUGCUUUCCAGCCUGCAGCAACACAACACUUGACCUUAAAAGUCUCUUCUGGUCUUUGGAUUAGAAAAGGCUUAUGUUAGCAUAACUUAAGAGCCACCUCAGAGACUUGAGCCCUACUAAGUGACUGACCACUGUUUAGAGUGUCUGUCUAGUGUCUGAUGUUAGUUUUUCCCAUCUUGUGUCUGUGGCACAAGUCAACCAGUUUUGGUUUAUGCCCAGGGCUGCCCCACAGAGCUAGACUGAUGGUAUCUGGCCCGGGGGUGCCUCUCACUGAUCUUAAUAGUAUGCCCCUCUGCCCUUUCAUCUCCCUAUCCAAGUUACAGUUGAGUUCUUGGUGUGACGGGGCUGAAAGAUUUCCAGUCAGCCAUAGUCCUGGCAGCUCUGAAGCCAACCUUAGCAUCUAAGUGUCUGUCUUAAAUUCCCUGGAAAAACUUCUGCAGGAAAUGAAGCUUCCCUGUUCUCUUCCUUUCUGGUCACUGUUAUCCUUUUCCCAGUUAGGGCAGCAAUGAGGGAGGACCCAGCCAAGCUACAAGGAAUUUUGUGGAUGGAAGGCAGCAGGAUUAGCUUCUGCUUGGGCUGGAGCACCAUAGAAUCUCAGACAAAGCUCAUCAUUUUAGAAUGUGUUUAAUUUUGUCUUUUUUUUUUUUAAUGUUUUUAAAGAGCUCCAUAUAUUUGAACUGUUUGUUAUGUGACAAAGUAAGUAGCCUUUGGGCUCAUGUCCUGGGUUUUGACUCUUGAUGAGUUACUCUGGGCCAGCAUUUAGUCCUUUGAGAGUUGGAGCCCUUUAUUUUAGCUGUGACUUAGGCCUCAGUAGUAGGGUAUUGAGUCAGGCAUCUGGAUGGCUGUGGCCUGAGGCCGCAGUAAGAGGAACACUUCUGGAGUGCUUCACAAAGCUCCCUGCUUUAAAGGAUGGCAUCCUAUGGCCUUGAUCCUGGGGACCCCCUGCCUGGGGCAGUGGACAUCCUAUUGACUGAGCUUCUGACAGUGGCUUCGGUUCGUCUUCCAUCAGAAGUCCCCACAGCUGUAGUCCACUGCCAGCGAAGGAGACGAGAUGAGGAAGGAGGAUGUGCUGCCUCCAUUUUGCCUUGUUUGUUAGUUUGCCUGGGUCUCUGAGGAAGGAGGGGUCCCGCCUCCUCACCUCAACCCAUCCCUUCAGUGACUCAGAGUCUCAGAAGGAAACCCUGGCUCCUGGGGCCAUUUCCUAAUGGUACUGUAAGCCAAGCAGCUUUGCUUCCAAGCCCACUCCUGUUUCCAAGCCCACUUCUUUCCCCUGAGCUCAGGGAUAGGGAUGGGCAUUUUCCUCUGCUUGUGUCCGAAAGGAAGGAAUAUCUUUCUAUGGCUCACAAAAACUAAAGGAGAAGUGAGGAAACAGGAAGAAGUAUGGUGGGGGCCUGGGUAGAGUCCCCUGGAGCCAAGCCCACCCAGCUAACAGAGCUGCCCAGGGCCAGUCACAGCUGGCCCAGGAUGCUGAACUUGAAAGCUUGUUUUUUGUUUUGUUUUUUUUUUUGUUUUUGGCUCCUCCAAGAUGAUAUAGGUACAUGAAGUUUAGGUUAAAGGGGUGGGGUGGGGCACUCUGUAUUUUUAUUUUUGUAUUGUGUGUGUCACGAAUUACUCUGUUCAUCGUUUGCUUUUUGCACUGUGUGUUCCCCUGCCUAUAUUUUGAGCUAGUGCGAGGACCAGGCAGCCACGCUGCUGGGAGACUGGGGUUGGGGAGGUGAUGAGGGAUGCCACUGAGGCCUGGGGAAAGGGAUAUCUGGGCACUUCUACUGGAUCCAUGCUCCCCUAGGUUUUUAGAUUUCCCUGACCCCAGCUGGCCAAAGCCAAGAACAGAUGGCCAAGAUGAAACUCCUUUUUUGGUUCAGUUUCUGGGUAGACCACACAAAGACGUCUGCUGGGGAUGGGCUGAGAAUCUGCAGCCUAGCUCUGAUUUGGGUCAGGGGCCAGGUGGCCGUUGUGGGUUUUACUCACGCUGACUGAAAUGUUGUGCCAGGAAAUAAUCUGUGGGACCCAUGUCCCCUAAACCAGGUCCAUUUUCCCAUAAAGUCUCCGCUAUGGAGGAGAAGCUGCUCAGUGGAUAUCUUGAAUUCUGGUGACUUGAAAGAUGGUUCUCUUCACAUGUCAGUGGGGUCAGACUCCCGGGGGGGGUCAUAGGGCCUACAGGGCCACCGGCUGGUUUGAGAGUGUGACCUUGUUCUCUUUUUCCCACUGUUUGCCUAAGAGAUACUGGCCUGAAAUUGGGGGAUCACAUUAGAGGUCAAUUAGACUUUGAAGAGAUGAGGUGAAGUUUAGGUUUACCUCCCCCCCUUUCUGUGCCUGGAAACUGUUUAAUCCAGUUUCAGAAUUGUGUUUUGACUUCUUUAUCUUUUUGGAGAAGCUUCUGUUUUAAGGAAUUUCUCUUCCUUUUUAUCCUGCCUCUACUUUCUCCUGAGAAGGCCUGGCCAUGGCUUCUAGAAUCUCAUUUGAACUUCAGAAAACAGCAGGAGGUAUACUCCUUUCUCUAGAAAUUGGCUCACCUUGGGAAGCCUAGGGAAAGAGUCCACAGGUUCUCUACCCUCCCUGGAGAUUGGGGCAGGACCCACCCCCGGUCAGCACAGUGCCUUUUCCUCUCCUGCUCUGAGCCAGGGUGGGCAUUCCCUCUAGAUUCAGGUCUGGGCAGGGGUCUUUCAGUCCCUGCCAUGGGGCUGCUUCCCCAUCCCUCUCUCCCCUUCCCCUUUGCUGGCCGGCUCUCACCUAAUUCAAGUGUCUUCUUGCCUCAAGGAGCCUUAAUGGCAUCAAGUGGCAACAUGUCAUAUUGUCCUCCAUGCCUCUCCAAAGGGCCUAGGAGAGCAGGUGAGCUUUCCAAACUGAGAGACUAACAGAUGCUCCUGUUCAAAAAGGAAGGAGGAGGAGAUGCUUUGGGCCUCCUUUUGCUGUGGCCCUGGGGAAGGAGCCUGGGGUAAGGCUAAGUGAUAGUGCAGAAGCAGAACCAGAAACACCUGGGAUGUGUUCAGAAAUUUUAGAAGUCUGCUUCUCUUCUAUGGAAAGAUCUAAUUAGGGUUCAAAGAGCUCUAAGAAAAUUGCAAAGAAGCCUUAAUGUUCAAGCUUCAGAGAGAUCAGAGUAGUUUCUCCCUAUCCAUCCGAGCUCGGACUCUUUCUGUAUUUAGACCUCUCCUGGGGCAAGAGGGCUAGGUUUCCUCAUUUUAUUAUGAGACCAGAUUGGCAUCAGUGGGUCAGCUGCCCAGCUAGGGCGGGUUUCUUUGUACAAGGGUGGCUUGCUGCCGAUCUAGUUUGUCCUUCUCCAGCUGCCUUUUGGCUAGCCUGCCUUUGGUUGCCAAAUCAUUCUGAUAAGAGCAGGUGAUUUGGGGACUGGCUGGGUUGGCAGGAAAAGAGCAGGAUGGAUCUCUUGGGACGGUCCCCUUCCACCCCCCCACCCCCCCCAGGAGUAUAAAAACAAGGAGCCAGGAUUGUGCUGGCAGCCAGGGAAACAGUAGUCCUGUUAGAGUUGGCAGGGAGGGCCCUGGCACCUCUCACAUCCAGGCAGGCUUGUGAGAUGGGGGCACAUAGCACCAGGAGAAGCAGAACUUCAUUCUCACCUCUAUUUUGAGCUUCAGUGCUUUAUUUCAGUAUGAGGGAAAACAACAACAAACUGAAGUGUGCUUUCCGUCCUUUCAAAGGACAACUGUCGGGAAAGGAGAGCUGAGUUGCCAGGUGGGAGGGGAGAAUUGGCAGGGAGAUCUUCACGGCAAACCAGGAAUGAGGCGUUCUUGACUCUUCUCUUCCCUGGUGUGUCAUGAUCCAGGGAAUGAAAAGAAAUUUGACCCUGGAUUAGUCCCCUCCUUGGAUUUUCCUUCCACCAUGUUCUCACACGCUAGGAGCAGCUGCCCAUUCUGAGCUCAGGGCAGCCUCUUCAACCAUUAUCGGCCUAACCUGGCUUGUCAGGAAACCUACCCUGCCCCUCCAGAUUGGGCCUGGCUGCUCUGUUCUGUACCAAGUACUGGAGAAUAGUGUCAAGUUCAUAGUAGCCCUGGUAGUUCCUAGAUUCCCAUCCUCUCCCUGCAGAGGUCAAACCAACUCUUUGUCUGUGGCCACAACAUGCAUUUACAGCAGCACAGUGAGGGGCUUUGAACCUGGCUGGCCCGGGAAAGCAGUAGGGGUGGAUAGAGCUGUCUUUCCUUCUGGGCUGUCUCCGUCUGUCCCUACCCUUUACAUGCCCCACCC